AUGCCGGGCUUUUUCAACUCUAUCAGCUCCUACUUCAACUCUUCCACCUCUUCUAGCUCUUUAGAUCGAAAUCUCGACAACAACAACAAUCGUCAAGCGAGAAGAGGCCCCGACGUGCUCUCCUCCACGCGGGAUGCAUUCUCCUUGCCUUCCUCUCAUCAACGAUCCGAUAGUCCGGGAGGUUAUGGAGGAGGGUAUGGGAGAGCGAGCUAUCAGGAUGCUAGUCGGAGUGAAAGUCCUGCGUUUGGGGAACACGCUGAUGGGUUGAGUAGACCGAGUCGGGCGAACUUGGGGGGAUUGAGUGCAUCGAGUUCUCGACAUAACUCUAUGAUCGGAGGCAGUGCUCCUGGGUUCUCUUACCCACCUCAGGCUCACGAGGGCGGGUACGAGUACAACGCUUCCCGGAAUCUCGGCCCGAACCGCAAUGCCAGCCCAUCAGGCUCUCGCUCGCGAACCAACUCGGCCGGGCCCAACGCAUUUUCUCCGAACGGUCCCCUCAUCUACUACCCACCCCCGCGAACGACUUGGAACCGCAUCCAACGUGUCCUUGCCAACACCGUCCCUGAACUCCUCGAUACACUCAACUCGCCUGUGGACCCGCUCACAUUGUCCGAAGCCGAAGGUCUGCUCGGCUGUGUCCUGCCACCCUCAGUCAGAGAUUCUUACCUCUGCGUGGACGGACAAGAUCCAUCUUCCGAACUGAAGGAAGGGCUGUUCUUCGGUCUGACGUUCCUCAGCUUGGAAGAUUCGUUGAGGGAAUGGACCUUUUGGCGUCGAGUAGAAUCGGACCCUACGUCGGGAAACAACCCGGACGUACUCGUCAUGAUGUCGUCCAUCCCCUCUGGAUGGAUCAAAUCGCAAUACGCCUGUCGAGGGUGGUUGCCGCUCAUCACGGAUCGUUGUGGGAACUACGUCGGUGUCGAUCUGAGUCCUGGGGAGGAUGGCGGAUCAUGGGGCCAGGUCAUCGUCUUCGGUCGAGAGUUUGAUAGGAAAUGCGUCCUCUUCCGAGGAGAAGGAGAAGGAGGAUGGGGUCGCUGGUUGGCCGGUUUUGCGGAGGAACUGGAGAGCGGGGAAGGAUGGGAGAUUGAUGGAUCUAAAAAAUCCGGUGAUUCCGGGUCGGAUGAUGAAGACGAUGUCGGUUACCAAUCUUACUACUACGACGGGAACGGUUCUGGAGGUGGAGAUUCUUACGGCGAGGUCGGAUCCGCCUUGAGGCUGACGGGCGAGUAUAAGGGAUGGGGAGUCCUCGAGGCUUGGUGGGAUCGCAGUGUCAGGCGGUGGGACGAGCUCGGGAUGGGACUGAGCCAGGCAGAGAUCAGGAGGCAGCAGGAAAAGAUCGAUAAGCGAAAGUCGGCGAGGAUGGGAGGAGGACCAGGGCCGAAUGAGUUGCUUGGGUUAGGCUUUGGAGGGAUGCGGCUUGCUACCGCCGGAGAGGACGCACAGGUGGCUAUUCCAGUCCUGAACGAUCCAAGAGGCCUGGUCCCAUCGAUUCCCGCUCCUCAACCGUUGACAUUGCCGGGUCAACCUCCCGCUUCUCCCGGACCCGAGACAGCCCUGUUGAUGAUGCCUCGGUCACCUUCGCUCAGCAAGCACGAGGAGGAGAAUAUGGAGACCCCUACCAUCAGUCGAAACGAUUCGAGCAGCAAUUUCCGGGAUUACAGCUCCGACGCUCCGGUCGCACCUACACCUCGACGUCUGAUCACACCGUAUAGCCCCACGACAUCACCGGAAGCCCAUGCUAGCGGGUCUAUGCAGUCUCAGCAGAGUCAAUAUCACAACUCGCAAUCCACAAUGUACGCGUCGUCGCAUGAUGGGUUGCUCUCGCCUCCCUCUGCGUCCCCUAGCGGUGGAUCUCGUCGGAAACGUAUGAUCUUGCCACCACCUCCCGCUGGAGCGCUCGAUCUGCCCACUCGCGCAGAUGUGCAAGCGGCUCAAGCUGUCGCCAUGGCCGAAGAACAGGGUCUACGAGGCGGUUGGGUCAUGUCGAUGGAAGCGACUGCAAAGCCUAGCAACGAGCGCAGGCGAAGCACGUUGGCAUCGAUUCCCGGUCUUGGACCGCGCCGGACCUCGCAGCAAUCAGCCGAAGAAGACGGUGGAAUGGUCGAUAUUGACCUCGAAGGCGGUCGUCAAGAGAGUUUCGGAUCGCCCAAAACGUUCCCAGCUGACUCUUCCCCCGUCAAGGAAGUGUUUCAAAGGGCCAUCUCGCCCCUAGCUUCGGGCUUGAACAUUAUCAACGGUCACAGCCGGACUUCUUCUGAGACCACGACCACCACGACGGCUCCGUUGCGUACCCCAGAUCUCCGUAUCGAGACGGAACAGACGACACCACGACCUCGCGGUCAGGCAUCCGACUUUUUCUCUCCUCAGCCCUUCGCAGACGACAAUGUCGUAACUCCUGUGCAACAAGGCAAGGGCAAAGGUCGAGCAGACGAUGAAUUUGACGACGUGGGACUCGACAACGGCACAGCGUCCAACGAGACGAAUGAACCGAAUGCCGCCGGUCUCGAUGACAUUUCUCGACUCUCGAUCGCUGCUGCUUCUUGA